AUGACUUCUCCCCGUGUUGGCCUCAUCUUGAUCGAUCAUGGUUCGCCAUCAUCAGCUUGGAACAAGUCCCAUGAGGAGCUUCUACCUAAAAUAGAGGAGGAGCUGAGUCGGAGAGGGUUGGAAUCGAUGUUCUCUGCCAUACGUUGGUGCCAUAUGGAGUUCGUCCAACCAUCAGUCGCUGAGACCAUGAACGAGUUAGAGAGGGAAGGGAUAUCGCGGGUCAUCGCCCUACCAGUGUUCAUAUCCGUCAGCUCUCACACCGAAAGGGACCUGCCGAAUAUUCUCAAUAUUAGAUUCCAUCCAGACCAGGAUACGGAUAUGGUCCGGUACACUGGCAAUGUCCCCGUGACGCUGUGUACGCCCUUAGAUCAUCAACAUGGUCUCCUCCCUGAAGUCAUUGCUCAACAGGCUGUGGAGUUGAUGAUGACAGAAGGGCUCAAUCCAUGCACUACGGGGGCUGUGAUCCUGUCACACGGUGAUGGUUGUGAGCACUUCUGGCAGCACAUGCAUAGAAGCAUCAACAACCGUGUGAUUGAAAGAACUGAUAUGAAGUCGUGCGAAGGGCUGUAUGUCCAGACUAUGCGUUCGCCCCAGGCACAGAGGAGGUUUAGGGAGUACUGUAAGAAGGUUCUGUCGGAGGUGGAUACACUCUUGGUCUUGGCGGCAUUUAAUGGGACUUCUGGGGCGACCUUUGUGAAGAGAGCUGAUGAUAGUCUGCAGAGGAGGAAUGAGGAAGGCUUGCCGUUGGGCGUUCUUGGAUGCCCAACUAUAUUCCUUUCCAAUCCGGCGAUGGUGUCGACGCUGGUCGACUGCGCCGUCCAGGCUUGCCAAGUGUCUACUGGUAGAAAGGGACUUCCUGAACUCAAUGAGGACGAGAAAAAGGCGCUACCGCCCUACAACCCCCCCUUCUGGCUCACCAGAGAUGCUACCCCUGGGUACAACGAUAGGACUGUUGUUGGAUAA